CUUUCCAGUUGUCAUGUACGCAGCCGAUGAUGAGGAACCAGGGUUUGGUGAUCCAUUUCCCCAUCUAUGGAAGUCAUACUUGUAUCAGCUGCAGCAGCAGGCGCCGACUCCCCGGCGGAUCAUGUGCCAGUACGAUCCCCCCAACAGACCGUUCUUCUACGGACGAGAGUUUCACGGCAUGGUGUCGCGGGAGGAGGCGGACGCGCAGCUGAGCGAGUGUGACGGCUGCUACCUGGUGCGGGAGAGUCAGCGUGCACCAGGAUCCUACACGCUGAGCAUGAGGUUCAACGACGUCACAAAGAACUAUCGGCUGUUCUACGAUGGCCACCACUACGUCGGCGACAAGCGCUUCGAGACUUUACAGGAGCUGGUGGCUGACGGUCUCAUCACUCUAUACAUGGAGACUCACGCUGCAGAUUACAUCGCCGUCAUGGCGAAUGAGUCAGACUACGAGGAAUCGCCAUAUUUUAAACUCAAUAGCCAGCUGCGGCGAUCUCGGACACAGGACAGCAUUCACUCGAACAAGUCGCUGCAGUUGUCGGGCAAGGCAGCCGAGCUGGAACCGGUCGAGAUUCCUGUGGACGACAUCGACUUUCUCCCCGAUCGAGAGACGCCGGAGACGAGCAGCCAGCAGGGAGACUACGAGACGCCGCAUCCGGAUGCGGUGCGGGGAUUGGAGGAGGCGCUAGAGCGAAAGCGACUUGAUGUGCAUCAUUAUGAGAAGGCUCAUCAGUUUAAGGUUCAUACAUUCCGCGGCCCACACUGGUGUGAUUUUUGUGGCAAUUUUCUAUGGGGUCUCAUCGCUCAGGGCGUGCGAUGUCAAGACUGCGGCUUUAAUGCACACAAGAAAUGCUCGGAAAAAAUUCCCAAUGACUGCCUGCCAAAUACUAAAUACGUGCAGCGCAUGUUUGGAGUUGAUCUCACGACACUUGCGAAGGCGCACAACAGACCGCUGCCAAUUGUGAUGGAAAAGUGCAUCAAAGAGGUCGAAGCAAGAGGUUUAGAUGCCGAAGGCCUCUUUCGAGUGUCAGGCUUCAAUGAUGACAUCGAGGCUAUUAAAGCAUCGUUUGAUAAAGACGGUGAAAACACAGACAUCAGUCGCGAUGCGUACGAGGAUACGAACACGGUGUGCGGCGUACUGAAGCUGUUCUUUCGUCUGCUGCCGAUCCCCAUCAUCACAUUCGACACGUACGACACGUUCAUCCAGGCGGCAAAAGAGAGUGAAGACUUACAACUGGAGGGGAUUAAGGAUGGUAUUUCCAAGUUGCCACCAGCACACUACCAAACUCUCAAGAACCUUAUACAGCAUCUAUACAGGGUCUCGCAGCUGAGCCACAAGAACCUGAUGACGAUGGAGAAUCUCGCGAUGGUGUUUGGGCCGACACUGAUGCGAUCACCAGACAGCGACCCGAUGACGUCGCUGCACAACGCCAAGUUCGGCCAGAUCGUCGUCGAGUUACUGAUCCGUCACCAGGCACAGCUGUUCAGGAAGUAGCGGCAGUUGCCGUGGCGACGGCUGCAGCAUGAGUGGCAGCGGCGGCAGCAGCGGUAGUGGCGGUGGCUGCAGCAGUGGUAGUGGUGGCGGUGGGUGCAGCAGUGGUAGUGGUGGUGGCUGUAGCAGCAGUGAUAGUGGCGGUGGCUGCAGCAUGAGUGGCAGCGGCGGCAGCAGCGGUAGUGGCGGUGGCUGGGGGCAGCACGUGUAAGUAGGUGGCGGUGGUGCAGAGUGG